AUGCCCGAUGGAACCCUGGGGUGCCCCUGUCCCAGAAUGCCCCCUCCCACCCCACUCAGCCCUUCUCACUCCUUUGCAGCUGGCACCACCGAGGGCUCGGCAGGCAGUGAGGGAGCUCCACCAACAGGGAAGGCACAGGGCCAGGCACCCACUGGGAGAGCAGGGCCACGGCCGAGGCUGGAGGCGGCUGGGAGCCGGCCACGUGCAAGUGCCCGGGCACAGGGGCGCAGUGCCAUCCUGGAGAAGUUUGGAGGGGCAGCCAAGGGUACGGCUCCCCACCUGAAGCGGACAGGCAGCACAGCCACGGUGAAGACCAUGCUGCUGGAGUGGUGCCGUGCCAGGACCCGCGGGUACCAGCACGUGGACGUGCAGAACUUCUCGGGGAGCUGGGGCAGCGGCCUGGCCUUCUGCGCCCUGCUCCACAGCUUCUUCCCGGACGCCUUCGACUACGAUGCCCUUGAGCCCAGUGCCCGCCGGCACAACUUCACCCUGGCCUUCUCCACUGCCGAGGAGCGGGUGGGCUGUGCCCCACUGCUGGACGUGGAGGACAUGGUGCGGCUGCCAGUGCCCGAUGCCAAGUGUAUCUACACCUACCUGCAGGAGCUGUACCGCUGCCUGGUGGCCAAGGGGCUGGUGAAGACCAAGAACCGCUGA